CGUGCGCUCCUUUCCAAAAAAAAAAAAGAAAAAGAAAAGGAAGAAGAAAAACUCUCGUCGGCGGCGACCUAAACGCCGGCGAGCUGAAGGGGAAGGGAGGGAAGCCGCCGGCGACCACCCACCGCACCUACCACCACCUCGGCCUCAUACACCCUCCUCUCUGUGCGCGUCUUUCUCUCCGCCGGACUGCGGCGCGGGCGGAAGCGGGGUGGUUUUAGGGUUUUGGCCGGCGACCAGAUGGCGGCGGAGGCGGGGAUGCGCGUGAACGUGGCGAGUCUGCUCGCCCUCGGGGACGACACCGUGGAGUUGCUCGGCGAGAGGAAGGACGGCGAGGCCCUCGCGCAGGCCUGCGCCGGGGCGCGGAUGCUGCGUUCCGCCUGCCGCUCGGAGUCCGACGACCUCGAGGUGCAAAUGAAAGAGUAUCAGGAAAAAAUAAAGUCCUGCAAAGAAAAGAUAGAAAAGACAAAAUCUGAAACAAUUGCCGAUGAUGAACUGAAUGCUCUGCAAAAAGAGAUGGAGGAGAAACUUCAAGAUGAGCAACGCCUUCGCCAGGAUUUAAGAGCAGUACGUGAUGAGCUUGAUAACCUAGAUAGCCAAAGAGAUUCUAUAGAACAAAGGAAGGAAGCUCUAAGGAAGAUGGAAAAGGAAAUGAUGAAAGCACAAAAUAUGCUUUCCAUGUGUGUGUCAGUGACCAAAAUCAUGCCAAAUUUUGAAGACAAGGACAAGAUCUCUGGUUAUAUUGUUGAUAAGAACAUGAAGAAACUAGAGAGGUUCGAGUUUGACAAGACGACGCCCCCUGUUGAUAUCUGCAACAACCUUUGGAAGAUGGUUUAGAUGUUGCGUGGAGAUAACGGUCGUGGACGAUGGACCUCCCAUCGAACAUCCCUUUUUUUUUGUUAUCACCGUUGAAUGCUGCCAAAGGACCAAGAUGCGUCCAGUUCGCAUUUCAUGCAGAGAUCUACAGAAGUGCUAUCUGUUUGUAGAUUUGCUAAGAUCAAGAUCUCUUUAGCUAGUCCUUGGCUCGUUGCCAUGUUCCUUUUAGUAUGUGUAAGUACUAAGUUGUAUAACAUUUCACAUGCUAUUGUUAUUCCGGAAGCUGCUCUCACUUGCAAAGCUGCAAGUUUGCAGCCCAAUGCCAUUUGGUUUCUUGGAAAAAAAAACUGAAAUCUUGAGCGAUA